ACUUCAAUAUUAAGGGUAGAUGGCUCCAGAUUUAUUGAUUUCAAUGGUUUGUCAUACCUUUUUGACAGAUUGAUGGCCGACUUACAGAGCAACCGCAAGAGUUUCAGCAGCAACUUCUCCAACAGCAGCAACUUCUCCAACAGCAUCAAUCACUGCAGCAGCAAAAACAACAACUCCAGCAGCAACCAACCUAGCAGCUACAUUAACCACCCCAGCAACAACAACCGCAGCAACAACAACUCCAGCUACAACAACCAGAUCCUCAACCAGAUUAUCAAGACUUGCCUGCACCAGACGCUUUCAACAGGACAUAUGAUGGGUACACAAAAGCCCAGCUACUAUCAGAUAUCACAUGCAUAACAGAUGCCAGUAAGGCUGCAUAGAAGUUGUUCCGCCGCCUGCACAGGGAGGAGGAGUGAAAUAAAGUGAAG